AAACUUUCCCGCUCAUUUUGUCAAGUAUUACUUUAUUCGCAUCGUGUGUCGAUUGAUUGAUGAUACUUUAAACUGAGAGUUGAGUCUUGACAUUAGUCAGUUUUCGCCGACACGUCUUUUGUAUUUUGGUUACGUUUCUGUCGAACUUUUAAUUCAAAGUUGUCAAGAAUAUUUUCUAAAUAUAUAGUGGAGGAUUUAAAAUUGUUUAUGUUAUAUUUAUAAAUAUUGUUAUGUAACAUAAUGGAGAACAUUGAAUUUUACUUCGGUUCUUCAUCAAAUGAUCGAUACGACAGAAAUAUUGUUAAUACAAAUCACAAAGAAACGAAUAUGAAAAGAAAAUUUUCAGAUUCUUACGAAGAGCAUGAAGGGCCUUUGAAUCAGACUUCAAACGAUGAUUUGGGCAGUUGUCAUGUAAAGAAAAGAUUUGCUUAUUGUAAACAUAGCCAGUCUACAGUUCAAAGCAAAAAUGAUUUGAAAAACAGCGUUUUUGAAUGUGAACAUUGUCGUUUGGCUGAUGAUUCUGGUUUUGAAAAUCAGAAUUCUGGAUUUUCAUUAAUUGAAGAAAGUAUUGAUUUUGUUAACAGUAAUAACGAAAACUAUUUUGCUGAAGGUACUGACAAAAUUAUUUGUGAAAUUUCAGAAAUUUUAAAUGAAAUAAUUGUCAUUAUUGAAAAAGAUACUGAAUAUUUUAAUUUCAGCCACAUUGUUGACAUGAGCACAAUAAGUUAUGUAGAUAUUAAUAAAUCAAAUAUCAUAAAAUCUGAUGAUAGAAAUGACAAUUAUCAAAUGAAGGAUGACAAUAAGUUUAGUGUUCAUACAUCACCAAAUAAUAUUGUUAACUGGAUAGACCCUAAAAAAUGUGACGAACAAGCUGACACUACAAAAAUGGAUGGUCAAAUCUGUGUAUAUCCUGAUUUUUUUAUGGAAGUCGACGCUGAAAACAAUUUAAAAAAACAUUCUUCAACACAGAUAGAACAUUCUUCUACUAUACAUAAUCAAGGAUUUAAAUCUAUGAAUGAUAGUUUUGAUAUACUAUCGCCUAUAAAAUUUCGAGGAGAUUUGUACAACGAUGAUGAUUGUGACAAUGAUAUAGACGUUGAAUAUGAAGAAGCUAAUUUAGUUCAAGAAAAUAUCGAGGACAGUGUUGAUUUCAGCCCAAUAAAGUUUAGAACAGAUGUGUAUAAUAUUGAUAAAGAAUCUGAAGAGGAAAUUAAUGCACAACACUGUAUUUUGUCCAAUCAAACAGAAUAUAAAAAGUGUCUUUUUAUAUCAUCAAACGCACCUGAACAAUCAACUAAUAGCCCAUAUAAAAAAGAGCAAUUAAAUGAACUUUUGUUACCAACAUGUUUUUAUUUCGGGACUCCUAUUAACAGAAAUGAGAAUAAUACUGCAGUUGAUGAUUUAACAAAUCUUUCAAGAAAUGAUAUUGACGUAGGUAAAUCUGAUAAUAAAGAGUUUGAUCUAUCCAAGUCAAUAGUGGUUUGUGAUAUUUAUGAUGAUCUUGCAUUUGGAAACACUUCAAAUUUAAUAGCUAUUGAUAAAAAUAAUACCUUUUCUCAAAACGAGACCAGACUGUCGUCUAAUGGAUCUGAAAAAAAUAUUGCAAAUAAUUCUGAGAGAAAUAGCCUUACUCUUCUAAACAAUGACAAUAUAACUAAUAUUGCUCCUAAUAAUUUUUAUUUUGGAUCUAAAAUUCCCGAAAGUUCAUGUAGUGUAUUUGAGUCUGACCCCAUAGAUAAAAUGGAAGAAAUUGAUGACUUAACAGAAGACAAAUUAAAUAAAAGUAAUGACAGUAUCGGCCAACCCACUCUAAUAGAAUUUCAUGAAAACAUAGCUAUUUUAGUACCAAAGUAUUCUAGAGCUAAUAGUUUUUUAAAUAACUUGGAUGAUAGCACACUGGUGAAUGAACCUGUUGUUGAGAAAAAGGAUUAUGAAUCUUUUUACAAGUCUUUUGAAGAUAUGUCAUUUUCAUCAGACGAUGAUGAACUGUUGUUCAAACCCUCGCUUAAUGAUUUAGUAAAAUAUGAAGUUGAAACAGAAGCUGUCAUGAAAAAUAUAUCCAAUGAGAGCAUUGUAGCUAAAGGUGACAAAAACUCAGUUAAUAGUGGAUUUUGCAGUUCUAGUCCACAAAGACCUAAUAAAAACAUUUUAAGUUCCAGCCGUUUUGUAAACGAUUAUGACAAUGGUUAUAAUAAGUCUUUGUUUAAUUGUGAAUUGAGUAGUGUUGGCGAAGUAUCAGAUGAAGAUAAUAAUCAUAGGGUAUUAUCAUUUCUCGAUAAUUGUAUUGCGCCUGAUUCAAUUAAUAAUAGUUCUAGCAGCAAUAACACUUUAUAUGAUUCUAUGAAUCAAUCGUUAUUAGCAAAUAAUUCUUCAUCAUUCCAUUCAACUGUUGGCUAUUCUACGAACCACAGAAAUGAGAUGGCCACUGAUAAUGAAGAUGAAAAUUAUGAGCAGUUUGAAAAAAACAUGAAUAAAAAUAGAUUUAAUGCAUUUCGAUCUACAACUUUUGAAUCGUCCUUAAAAACUUCAAAAGAAUUGGCAAGUGAUAAAAAUGUUUUAUCGGAUGCAAGUAGCAAACUCAAUAUAGUAAAUUUGAGUAAAAAUAAUAUGUACACAAUUUACGAAAAUGAUAAUAAAGAUGUACCUGAUGAAAAGUGUGCUAUAAGUGAUUUCAAGUCUCCAUUUAUACCAGUUUUGGCACAAUCUUUAAAUGUUAAAAAAGCUCUUCUCAAGAAAGCUGCUUCUAACAUCAAUGUUGGUGCAAUGGGCGAUAAAGCAUAUGAAACGUAUCGAACACAGCAGACUCUGACAUUAGACGUGUUGGAGAUCUUGCACAAAUCUUUGGAAACUCGUCCAUCUCCUAAUGUGUAUUUAGAUGAUCCGCUAGGGUUAAAUGUACCACUUAUGCUCCACCAAAAACAUGCCAUAGCGUGGCUUAUGUGGAGGGAAAGUCAAAUACCCCACGGUGGAAUUCUAGCUGACGACAUGGGUUUGGGUAAAACUCUAACAAUGAUUUCAUUGAUAUUAAAAGCUUCUGAAACCGGGAAAGAUAAUAUUAUGCUGAAUGAAAAAAAUGCCAAUGCGAGAUCACCAACUGGAGGCACAUUAAUUGUUUGCCCAGCCAGCUUGAUACAACAAUGGGAGGUUGAGAUUCUUUCUAAAUUAGAAUCUCAAUUAAUAACCGUUGGCCUAUAUUAUGGCUCUAAGAGGAAGCAUUCAGUUGAGGAUUUGUUGGCAAAAAACAUCAUAAUAACAUCCUAUCAAACAGUCAUGUGGGACCAAAAACUUAGUACUACUAGUCCUUUGUUUAAAAUAAAAUGGCUAAGAAUAAUAUUAGAUGAGGCGCACAUUAUAAGAAAUAAUAAGAGUUGUACCUCAAUCGCCAUUUGUAAUUUGUCAAGUAUUUUCCGUUGGGCAAUAACCGGUACGCCGAUUCAUAACAAGGAAGCUGACUUUUAUACACUAUUAAAAUUCAUAGGGUGUAAACCGUUUGAUGACUGGGGAAUUUGGAAACGUUGGGUUGGGAACAAUGAUAGAAUAGGAAGCGAAAGGUUAGCGUUAAUAGCUAACGUAGUAAUGUUACGGAGAACAAAACAAGAACUCUCACAGUUGACAUCAUUUAAUCUACCUACUAAAACUUUUCAAGUAGUUCCAGUAAAAUUGUGUAAAGAAGAAAAGGAAGCCUAUGAGCAAUUAUUAUUAUUUUCUAGUAAUUUAUUUGAAAAAUACCUUAUUGAAAAGGCACAAAAAGAAAAUGCAGUCUAUGAUUAUGAUUUUAAACUUCAUAACAACAUAAAAUAUUUAGAUGUUUUAGAACAGAAACAGGGCAAGGGUAAUGUAUUUAAAGGUUAUCCAGAACUCCAAAAACUGUUUCAACAGCUUAAAAAUAUUGAAGCCGUUCAGACAUUCCAUAUAAUAGUUUUGCUACUACGUCUUCGACAAAUGUGUUGCCAUCCAUGUUUAAUAAAAGGAAAAGUAGAAUCAAAUGAUUUGAUAAAGAGUGAAUGUCCAGAUACUGACUCAAAUGUUAAGGAUUUAAAUGAAUUUAGUUUAUCCGAAGAGCAAGAUGACAACAAAUUAUGUAGUGGAAGUAAGAUUUUUGAAGAAACUUGGAUUAGUUCAAAGAUUAAGGCCGUUUGUGAAUUGGUCAAGGAAAAAGUAUUGGGCACUGAUGACAAAGCAAUUAUUGUUUCUCAAUGGCCAAGUAUGUUACAUCUCGUACGUAAUCGGUUGUUGCUGUAUAACGUAGAAAUGGAUUUAUACACUGGAGCCGUUCCUAUAAUGGCUAGAAGUAAAGUAAUGAAUAGGUUUAACGAUCCCAAUGGUGGACCAAAGAUAUUGUUGUUGUCGUUAACUGCUGGUGGCGUUGGGCUCAAUCUAGUCUCUGCCAAUCACAUGUUUUUGGUAGAUAUCCAUUGGAAUCCUCAGCUAGAGGCACAAGCUUGUGACCGCAUCUAUAGAGUAGGUCAGACAAAGCCUGUUUACGUGUAUAAGUUUAUAUGUACUGACACUAUAGAAACAUCAAUUCAAGCGCUUCAAAAUAAAAAAUUAGAAAUUGCUGAAAAUUUAUUCCAUGGAACUAACAAAGCAGCAUCAUCAAAAUUAUCGCUUAAUGAUCUUAUGGAAAUAUUUAAAGUUAAAUAAUUAAAGUUGUUUUUAUUAUAUUUUGUUUUCCCAAACGAGUCAUAUUACCAAAGCAAGUUAGCUUCCAACGGUUUACCAAAGUUUGUUUAUUAUAUUUUUUUUGUUAUUCUAAAAUGUGACUUUAAGGUAUAAAUAUAAUUAUUAUUCAUGUUAUACUUGUAUAAUGUAUUCCUAGAAAUAGAGUUAUUUUACUAAAAUUUGUUAUAAGUUUUUUUGUUUUGUUCAAAUAGAAAUCAAUGUACAACUUUUAAG